UUUUGAAUGUUUUUUCCCCUCCCAGUCAGGACUGGACAUUAGAACUUGUGGAGAAAGUUCACCAUGGAGUUGUUUUUCAUUUCUACCAUUUUAGCAGGCGCUUUCAUCAUCAUCCCCUUCGCGCUGAAAACCCUUUUCCCCUAUUUUUGGAUGGAUCUCCGAUACGUCGGAGUCCUGGUGCGGAUUUUAGUCAGCUACGUAGCGAACCGAAGAAGGAGACCUCCGUCCUUCGCGUUGGAGCGCUUCUUGGAGCAAGCCUCCGCGCUGUCAGACAAGCCCUUCGUCGCGUUUGGAGACGAGACCUACACGUACGCGGACGCGGACAGGGAGAGCAACAAGAUCGCCAACGCGCUCCGGUCUCAGCCCGGGUACGACGCUGGGGUCACCGCCGCACUCUUCAUGGGAAACGAGCCCAGGUUUUUGUUUACUUGGCUGGCUCUGGCUAAACUUGGCUCUCCCGUCGCUCUCCUGAACUACAACAUCCGGAGCAGGUCUCUGCUGCACUGCUUCAACUGCUGCAAGGCCAAGGUGCUGGUUGCAGCUGCAGAGCUGAAAGAGGCAGUGGAGGAUGUGCUGCCCUCACUGAUGGAGCAGGGUGUCACGGUCCUCCUCUUGGUCAAAUCUUGCGACACUCCAGGAAUCGUGAGCUUCUCUGAUAAAGUGGAAGAAGCCGCGGACACACCGCUACCUCGAUCCAUCAGAUCACACGUCACAUUCAAAAGUCCUGCCGUCUAUAUUUACACCUCUGGCACUACCGGUCUUCCUAAGGCAGCUUUGGUCGAUCAGAAUCGCCUCCUAUCAGCUCUGGCUGUUAUAUCCGCAUACGGUGUAAAAUCCAACGAUGUCAUGUACGUCAACCUGCCGCUGUACCACACAGCAGGGUUUCUCGUUGGAUUUCUUGGCUGCAUGGAAACAGGGUCAACUCUAGUUCUGAAAAGAAAGUUUUCUGCCUCUCAGUUCUGGGACGACUGCAGGAAAUACAAUGUGACUGUCAUUCAGUAUAUCGGAGAAGUGAUGCGCUACCUCUGCUGCACACCAAAGAGAGACACUGACAAAUCCCAUAAAGUAAGACUGGCCAUUGGCAACGGUGUCCGAGCAGAAGUGUGGAAAGAGUUCCUGAGUCGCUUUGGAAACAUCCAGAUUUUUGAGUUUUAUGCCUCCACUGAGGGAAAUAUAGGAUUCCUCAACUACACAGGGAAAAUAGGAGCAGUUGGACGAGUUCACUUUUUGCACAAGAGAUUGUUUCCCUACACACUUGUGAAGUACGACACAGAGCGCGACGAACCGCUGCGAGAUGCUAACGGUCUCUGCAUUGAGACCUCGAAAGGUAAGACGGGACUGCUGGUGUCGAAGAUUACAGACAUCACACCUUUUGUCGGAUACGCUGAAAACGAAGAGCAGACGGAGAGGAAAAAGCUGCGCAAUGUCCUCAAAAAAGGAGACCUUUACUUCAACACCGGCGACCUAAUGAGGAUCGAUAAAGACAAUUUCAUUUACUUUCAGGAUCGUGUCGGGGACACCUUCAGGUGGAAAGGUGAGAACGUUGCGACAACUGAGGUCUCCGACAUCCUUUCGAUGAGUGACUGUCUGCAAGAGGCCAAUGUUUAUGGAGUCCAAGUGCCAGGGCACGAGGGGCGCGCGGGGAUGUCAGCUGCCACUCUGAAGAAUGGUGCACGGUUUGAUGGAAGUAAACUUUAUGACCACGUUGUUAGCUACCUGCCCUCAUAUGCACGACCCCGCUUUAUAAGGCUGCAGAGUUCAGUGGAAGUCACAGCUACAUUUAAGCAGAUGAAAGCGAAGCUAGUGAAUCAGGGGUUUGAUCCAGAGAACAUCCAGGAGCCUCUUUACAUCCUCGACGACAGAGCGCAAAGCUACGUACCGCUGACGGCUGAUAUGUACCGCUCCAUCCUGUCAGGAAGCAUGAAGCUGUAAUGAGCUCCACUGGCCGUGCGAGAGGCUUUCAUAGCGUCUGAUUUAUUUUUAAAUGAUUUCCAGCUCAGGGAGACAAAUGUCAGUUUAGAUAGCCUCAUGUUCCUUUUUUUUAAAACAUACACAACAAUCAGUGUAGUAUUCCGAUAAGCACAAUCACCAGGUAAUCAUAAAACUACAUUGUUGUAAAUAGCAUAAUAACUGCUCACCAUGCUGUAUUAACUGCUUGGAUUUUUUUUUUUUUUUUUAACUCAGUGUCAUAUUUGUGUUUAGAUUGAUCUUUUCAGAGGUGGAAUGUGGUGAAUCUUGUUACAGCUAAAACACAGCAUGGAUAAUAUUUCAUAAUUUCUUAAAAAAUGGGACCUUUUGUCAUAAGCAUUGCUUUUAUACACCUUUAGGGCUCAGGUGAAGUAAUAAUCUGUAAGCUAUAAAAACAUAUAGAUAGCAUCCAUAUUUGAAAUUGAUGUUAUCGACCAAUGUCUGUGAAAAUAAGCCAAACUGCCUAAACUUAAAGUUACUGUUACAGUAAAUUGUGCAGGUUUUCAGUAUUUUCGCCCAUCAGGAGCCCGAUGUUACGAAUCCAGAUGUCGAAAGUGUCGGGCGAGAAGAAGAACACAAGGUGGCGCCAUGCUUUGACUUUUCUCUUACUGCUGACAUUUUUUUAUGGUGAAAGAGACCAAGGAAUAUUUUAAAAGCGUUUAGUUGACUGACAAUAAAGGUACAACUGCUAACAAAAAAAUAAAUCUAAUCAAACCUUUAUUAGUUGAUUUGAACUUCUGAAAAUAUUGCUUCACAACCAGAGAGUGAAAAUAUCAUGAUAUGUUUAAAGAAUGUUAUGUUUGUUUUUUAAAAAUAUAUAUAUAUAUAUUUACUUGGACUUUUAAUUUAAACAGUGAUAAUGAAGAUAUUUUGGUUAGCAAUUUGCAUCACUUCCUACUUUUAAAUCAUGUACGUUAUUAAUAUGAUGUGCAUUGCAAAAACAGUAUUUUUAGUAUGUGUACAAAUUUAGACAAGAUCUAAUUAACAUAUUUAAAUGCUUUUCAAAGAAAUAGUGGAAGAGAUUUGCAUAUUUAUCUCUGCCGUGACUGUAAUGUUGUUAUAAAGAGUCUAAGGGAUCAGUUAGUUAUUCAGUUUAUCUAUAAAGGGUCAAUUCACACAAAUGUCCGCUUUUGGUAUUUCUAAAGACAAACAGGUCUGAAUAAUUACCAGAAAUCUAAAAUAAACCCAAAGCAGUGGAGUCCAAUUCCAUAUCUGGGGUGAGAACAAAAAGUCUCCGACUUUGUCCUGGAAAGAGACGUCGAUAAAAUCAGAACUUCUGUCUUGUCUAAGAACAUAAUCAGAACCGUGAAAAGUUUUAGAGAGUUAGGAUAUCGGUUUAUAAAAACAGGUCUCUACAAAUUUCUUGUUUCUACAAAAACUGCCACGCCUGUCUGAAAGGGUUCAGCUAAAAUUUAGGCAAAAUGUUAGUAAAGUCCAACAUUUAUUGUGAACGAUCAGGCAUUGACUUGAAGUCCUAAACUGCAAAUCGUCAUGUGAUAACACAAACACAACGAUAAUAAAUAAUUUUCCUGAGUCCCACAGCACCAUUUAAACCAACUGGACUCAUUUCAUUGAAGCACAUCAUUCUUUUUUUCUUUUUUUAGAUAUUAUAUAGUUUGUUAUUCCUUUAUGGACAGUCUACUUAGUUAAAUAAGGAAUAUAGAGAGCAAUGAAAGUUAAUCUUUGAUUUCCCCCCCCCCAAAUGUAGGAUAACUCAACAGAUCAUUUAGAUUCUUGAAAAUCUUUUUCAUAGCCAAUCUCAACUACAGUUUUAUUUCUCUUAUUAAUUUAUUUCAAAUUGUUUAAAAAAACCCCAAAAAACCUGAGAAAACAAGUUGUCAGUAGGACAAGAGAAAAUAUGGCCAUACAAAACCAAGAACAAAAUAAUUAGCUUACCACUACUUUUCUGUUUGAAACAAAAAGUUUACAUUUGAUGCAUUUUAAAGGCACCGGUUGCUACAACAAUGCAUACAUGAACAUUUUCAUAUGACUAUCUCAAUGUGAGAUAUGAAAUGAAUUGUCUAUAUUGCAAUGUCCAGAUACAUUAAAAAUAUCCAUCCAUCCAUC